GGGCGGGGCGGAAAAAGGAGCCGGAAGUUCGGUGGGCUCCGGACGCCGAGAUGGAGGAAGGCGAGUACGAGUCAGUUCUCUGCGUUAAGCCAGAGGUUCACGUCUACCGCAUCCCUCCGCGAGCCACCAAUCGCGGCUACAGGGCCGCAGAGUGGCAGCUGGACCAGCCGUCAUGGAGUGGUCGGCUAAGGAUCACUGCAAAGGGGCAGGUGGCCUACAUCAAGCUGGAGGACAGGACCUCAGGGGAGCUCUUUGCUCAGGCACCAGUGGAUCAGUUUCCUGGCACAGCUGUGGAGAGCGUGACAGAUUCCAGCAGGUACUUUGUUAUCCGCAUCGAAGAUGGAAACGGGCGACGGGCAUUUAUUGGAAUUGGCUUUGGGGACCGAGGUGAUGCCUUUGACUUCAACGUUGCAUUGCAGGACCAUUUCAAGUGGGUCAAACAGCAGUGUGAAUUUGCAAAACAAGCCCAGAAUCCAGACCAAGGGCCCAAACUGGACCUAGGCUUCAAGGAGGGCCAGACGAUCAAGCUCAGUAUCGCAAACAUGAAGAAGAAGGAAGGAGCAGCUGGGACUCCCCGGGUCCGGCCUGCCAGCACAGGAGGGCUGAGCCUGCUCCCCCCGCCUCCAGGGGGCAAAACCUCCACGCUAAUCCCUCCUCCUGGGGAGCAGUUACCUGCUGGGGGAUCCCUCACCCAGUCAGCACUUGCUCCCGGUUCAGUAGGUGGUGCCACUGUAUCCUGGCCCCCACCCAAGCCUGCCACCGCUGCCACCGCAGACAUCUGGGGAGACUUUGCCAAGUCUACAGGGUCAACUUCCAGCCAGACUCAGGCAGGCACAGGCUGGGUCCAGUUCUAACCUGAGCACAGUUUCUUUUUCCUCAUGUGACUUCUGGGAAGGAGCUGCUCAUCUGGGUCAAAGGAAGGAGGACAAAGCACUCCCUGGCUGGCCUCUGUUUGAAGCACCACUUUCCUCUCCUUCUUGCCUGGCUCUUGACAAACUCCAUGUGAGGCAGUAAAUUAGCACCAUGGCACACUAUUUCCUGGGAUUCAAGUAUGCACCAGAAUACUGGAGAAGAAAAGCUCCUGGGGCCCUAUCCCCAUCUAUCCUCUUAACGUGAGAAGACUCUGAGACUAGACAUCUUCCAUCACAAUGACCCAUGUUAAGCACAAGCCCUCCGAACGGGUUGAGUUUGCUGCCUGGAUUUAGAUCAGCCCUCUCAAGUGUCACAUGAUCACUGCUCAGCGGGGAGUUUCUGCACCCCCAUUGGCUGUAGCCUCUUCAGUCAGUCUGCCUUCCAGAGGAGGGAGGGAUUCCUUCCUGAUUGCUACCGGACUUAUAGGCUACAGCUUGAACAGACAAUCAGGAGGGAAAUUUGAAGGACUGAGCAGCUUUUUAAAGUGUUUACCUAUUUUGCUUUGCUAACAUGCUAAUCUGCACUAACUCAUCUUUGCAAAAGGAACUGCUCCUGCAGCGUGCAGCAGCGAGGCCUCUGAAGGCUUCCUCACUGUCAGCAGCUGCUCUGGGCUUAGGCAACGUGCAGCAACGAGGCCUCUGAAGGCUUCCUCACUGUCAGCAGCUGCUCUGAGCUUAGGCAACCGUGCUCACCUCUGCCCAGGUGCCUGUUUUUCACAUCUUCAGGCAGGUAGGCACUGGAAGCGAGAUGGAACAGUGGGGAGAAACAGUGUUGUCGCAGAGGUGGGCUCAGCCUUCCUGUCUGCUGGCGGCUUUCUGGGCUUGCAGAUUCACAGCACAGCUCCUGGCAGACUUGGGUUUUCUCUUUGGUGGUUUCUGAAGUGCCUUAUCUACAGACAGCCAUUUUCUUUUCUCCUUCAGGGACUGUGAAUGACAGAAGGAGCUCAGUGAACUGGAAGUCCAGGUUUAUAGACUUAAGAAAUUAUUUUUAUCUGAGCACACCUCUGAAAUUGCCUUUCUCAACUUACCUCUCAAUCGAAAGAUUUCUUUUUGAAGGGUCAAGACCAUGAACUGAAAAAAGUAUUGGCCUCUUUGUGGGACCAGAUUUUUAAGAUAAAAAAAUAAAUAUUUUUACUUCUGUCA